UUAUACAUACUUGGGAAUUCAAUAGGUUUAAUUGGUAGUUUAGGGUCCAAAUGCGAGCUAAUGAAUUCCUUAGGUGCAAUUGGUGUAUUUAGUUCAUACAUAAAUACUAGAUCGGAGAAAUCGAGCUUGAGCUAAAUUCGCAGAGAGACACCAAAUCGGGGCUGAGUAGAGUAUAGUAAAUAGUCAUGAUCUCGCAGUUCUUCGUGCUCUCGCAGAGAGGCGACAACAUCGUCUUCCGCGACUGUCGUGGUGAUGUACCAAAAGGAAGUGCUGAGAUAUUUUUCCGCAAAGUGAAGUUUUGGAAGGAGGAUGGUGAAGAGGAGGCACCGCCUGUCUUUAACGUGGACGGUGUGAACUAUUUUCAUGUGAAGGUGGUUGGAUUGCUGUUUGUUGCAACCACAAGAACCAAUGUGUCCCCUUCUCUCGUCUUGGAGCUUUUACAGAGGAUUGCACGAGUCAUCAAGGAUUACCUUGGAGUUCUCAAUGAAGAUUCAUUAAGGAAAAAUUUUGUGCUUGUAUAUGAGUUGCUUGAUGAAGUCAUCGAUUUUGGCUACGUGCAAACGACAUCAACCGAAGUCUUGAAGUCUUAUGUGUUCAACGAGCCAAUUGUGGUGGAUGCUGCACGUUUGCCUCCCCUUGGUCCUGCUGCCAUCUUUAUGCAAGGGAACAAAAGAAUGCCAGGGACUGCUGUUACAAAGUCUGUUGUUGCAAAUGAACCUGGUGGAAGGAAGAGGGAGGAAAUUUUUGUGGAUAUAAUUGAGAAAAUAAGCGUUACAUUUAGCUCAAGUGGAUAUAUAUUGACUUCUGAGAUUGAUGGCACUAUUCAAAUGAAGAGCUAUCUCACGGGCAACCCAGAAAUCCGAUUAGCUCUUAAUGAGGAGCUGAGCAUAGGGAGAGGCGGGAGAUCAAUCUAUGAUUAUGGUGGUUCCUCUGGUUCAGGAGCCGUCAUAUUAGAUGAUUGUAAUUUCCAUGAAUCAGUGCAUCUUGAGAGUUUUGACGUGGACAGAACUCUGUCUCUGUUGCCACCCGAUGGUGAAUUUCCUGUCAUGAAUUACCGGAUGACCCAGGAAUUCAAGCCUCCUUUUCGUAUCAACACUUUGAUUGAAGAAGCUGGCGCCCUUAAGGCUGAAGUAAUUCUGAAAAUUCGUGCUGAGUUUCCAUCAAGCAGCACAGCAAACACAAUUGUAGUACAGAUGCCACUGCCAACAUACACCACCAGAGUUAGUUUUGAGUUGGAACCAGGAGCAGUUGGACAAAUGACAGAUUUCAAAGAGUCAAAUAGGAGGCUUGAAUGGAAUCUAAAGAAGAUUGUUGGUGGGUCUGAACAUACGCUGCGUGCAAAGUUAACUUUUUCACAGGAGUCGCAUGGAAAUAUCACGAAGGAAGCUGGGCCUGUGAGCAUGACCUUCACCAUCCCUAUGUAUAAUGCUUCAAGGCUGCAGGUAAAAUACUUGCAAAUAGCGAAGAAAUCCAAAACGUACAAUCCCUACCGAUGGGUGAGAUAUGUCACUCAGGCCAAUUCUUAUGUUGCUCGUAUAUGACAAGAGUGAAGGCCCUUCCGGUUUCAUUAUCUCUUUCUUUUCCUCGAUAAUGUGAUAUCGUUGAUCCAGAUUCAAUUUUGCUGAUAAAUAAUAUAAAAUCUGUACCCUCAAUAGCAUGCAUUUCAUCCUGAUUACUUGGGCACAAUUUUUUUUAGAAGUGUUUUUGGAAUGAACAGGAAUCAACUUCAGUUUUUAACAUACAUGUUCAAUCAGGUGUGGAUUGUCAGAAGAUGUAUGAUCUGAACUUAUUGAUAAAUCCUCGGGUAUUAUAUGUAGCUGUAGCCAUGUUGUAAUGAG